AUGGGGCCGAUGUUUGCUUUUUAUGCAUCAUCUGCUAAGCAUUACACAUUGAAAGAACAAGAACACAAUCUGACAUGUUCUUAUAACACAGGUGUGACCAUCUUCGACGAGCCAGAACAUAUCCCCGAGUCAAAUGCCAAAGCCCCGGCAGACGAUAAGAAUCCAGGGUUCGGCUACUCUCUCACGUCCACUGGCUCCCAUAGCCCCAGAAUUCACCGUGCCAGUAUUUCAGGCAAGAAGUUGACCGGCAGACCAGCGGUGAACCAGACCCAUUCUUACACUUCCUCACCUGGAGCUCCGCUCACCAAGGCCAUGUCGUAUUUCAGUCUAGACGACGAUACUGCUACCCGGCCAUCGUCGAUGGCAGGUGGAGGGAGCAUUACCCCAGGUACGACGCCCGCAGAAAGCAAGACUCCAGAUCUGCGAGGCGUCCUUUCUCAAGUCGCCGAAUGGCUCCAGGAGGAGAAGUCAAAAAGGCACAAAUGGGGCCGUCACCGACAUAGCCAUCACCGUGAUCAGCACCUCCAGACUCCCGAAAUCCAGCCCGGUGAGACGAAGACGUACGACACUGCGCCCGACCAGGAAGGAGACCUCUCCUUGGCAAAGCUAGAGAGUAUUCUACAGGGUUUCAGUGGUGACGCCUCCAGACUUCUGAGAAAGACCUCGACCGCCGGUUUGAGAAGAGGCUCGAUAGCGUCGAAGUUCAAGCAGGCUCGCUCGGUGCCUGCUCAAUCGUCGGAUACAGAGUUCUUUGGCGAGGACAUAUUAGUCCCCAACGUCGAAGCAAAGCUAGACAACACCAAGACGAUGGCUUUCACAGGUGGAGCCACCGAUAGCGACGCCACUGACAAGGCCAAGAGGAAGGAGUACGACCACUGGGUUACUUUCAAGCAAGACAUCUUGAGAUUAACGCACACACUCAAAAUCAAGGGUUGGCGCCGCAUUCCUCUUGAACGCGCUGCCGAACUCGACGUAGCCAGAUUGAGCGGGGCUCUCACCAAUGCUGUCUACGUCGUUCACCCCCCUAAGGAUUUGCCCGAGCUCGACAGGUCCAAGCAGUCUGAUCCUUCUUCCGCGCCAGCUGGUACCGUCUCGAAAAGGCGUCCUUCAUCGCUACUUCUGCGCAUCUACGGCCCACAAGUUGAGCAUCUGAUAGAUCGUGACGCUGAGCUCAAUAUUCUCCGCCGCCUGGCUCGGAAACGAAUUGGCCCUCGUCUCCUGGGUUCAUUCGAUAACGGUCGCUUCGAAGAGUUCCUGCAAGCGAAGACUCUGACGGCUGAAGACCUGCGAAUCCCGGAGACAUCGAAACAGAUCGCUAAGCGUAUGCGCGAACUCCACGACGGGAUUGAACUGCUCGAGUCCGAACUCGCCUCUGGACCGGCCACCUUUGUGAAUUGGGACAAAUGGGUCGAUCGAUGCGGGAAGGUGAUUACGUGGCUCGACGCGCAAAUCCAUCAAGCAGAGGAGGAACUUGCAGCUGGCACCUCAAGACGCAACUUUUUAGUCAAUCCCCGUUACGUGCGGAGGGGACACAUCUGUGGUGUGGAGUGGCCCGUCUUCCGACGCACCUACGACGCGUACCGAAAAAGACUCAUCACAGAGAGCGGCGGCCCUGAUGGAAUCCGUAAACAGCUUGUCUUUGCACACAACGACACCCAGUACGGCAAUCUCAUGCGGCUUCAACCCUCUGGGACCUCCCCGCUCUUGCAACCCUCGAAUCACCACAAACAACUUGUGGUCAUUGAUUUUGAAUACGCAGCUCAGAAUUUGGCUGGACUAGAAUUUGCAAACCACUUCACCGAGUGGUGCUACAACUACCACAACACCCCGGAUAAGUCAUUCGUAUGCGACACAAGGAGAUAUCCUACCGAGCAGGAACAAUACCGGUUCGUGAGGAGCUACGUCAUGCACCGUCCACAAUUCAACCCAUCGGCGAGUGCGACGCCCAAGAUGGAAGCUAGGGAAAAGACGAACAUCAGCGAUUUCAUGCUCGAUGCGAGGACUCCCAGUGGUGCGGGCGGGUCAUCAACCGGCUACGUAGGUGGAGCUGGCGCGGUUUUCGACUACGACAAAGAAGAGUCGGAGCGAGAGAAGGCUCAAGAGGAGGAGAUCCAGCGACUAUUGCAGCAAGCCAGAGUAUGGAGAUUAGCGAACUCGGCCAUGUGGGUUGCCUGGGGGAUCGUGCAGGCGAAAGUGCCCGAGCUGGACGCGAUGGAAGAGAAAGAGAAGAUGGCGACGAAAGUAGGCCACGCGAUGAAUGAAGGUAGAAAGGGUCUCGCCGACAAGGUGUCUACUGGGGAGAAGAGGGUCGUGGACAAGGUCAAGAAAAUGGUCGCCGACCACGGUUACAAGAGCGGGCAACGGCCCCUACCCAUGUCGGACCCUCUCACGGAAGAAGAAAAAGAACUGCAGCUGGCGAGCCGUUGGGAUCGGCCCGAAGGGAGCGCACAAGAGGCGGCACAUCGGGAAGGAGACCGUGGUGUCGAAACUGCUCUCGAACACGCAAUCACCAUCGACGGCGAGGACGACAAACCUGGACUUGAUGGCCUCCCUCUUAGCCAGCCUGAAAUUGAGCCCAGCGCUGCUGAUGAUCCCUCGGACACUCAAGAGCAAGAAGGCACCGAGGAGUUCGACUACCUCGCCUAUGCGCAAGAACGCGCCAUGUUCUUCUGGGGGGAUUGUAUCCAGAUGGGCCUGAUCAAGAAGGAGGAGCUGCCCAAGGAGGUGAUCGAAAAGGUCAAGAUCGUGCCCUGGUGA